AUGGCUGAUUAUACCGGCGGUGAGAUCGAGGCUGACCACCUCGUCGUUUUGGUCCAUGGGCUAUGGGGAAACCCAAACCAUAUGGCGAGCAUCGCCAAGGCCUUACGCGCGAAACAUCCUGCCGAUAAGCUGUACAUCCUCUGCGCCAAGAGGAACAGCGGUUCCUUCACCUACGACGGCGCCGAGCUCGGGGGCGAGAGAGUGUGUCUCGAGAUCCAGGAGGAGCUGCAGGCGAUCGAGCGGCGAGGAGGCAAGAUCAGGAGGCUAUCCAUCAUCGGCUACAGCCACGGCGGCCUUGUCGCGCGUUAUGCCAUCGGCCUGCUGUACGCCAAGGGGACGCUGGACGAACUCGAGUGCAUGAACUUCACCGCCUUUGCCAGCCCCUUCCUCGGCGUCCGCACCCCGCUGCACGGCACUGCCAACCACCUCUGGAACGUCCUCGGCGCUCGCACCCUGUCCAUGUCUGGCAGGCAGCUCUUCCUCAUCGACAAAUUCCGCGACACGGGCCGCCCCUUGCUCGCAGUGCUGGCCGACCGCAACUCCAUCUUCUAUAAGGGCCUGGCCAGGUUCAAGCGGCGCACGCUGUACGCCAACAUCGAGAACGACCGGAGCACCGUCCACUACACUUCCGCCAUAGCCAAGACCGACCCCUACACGAACAUGGACAGGGUGCGGGUCAACUACCUGAAGGGCUACGAGGAUGUGAUUCUUGACCCGGUGCACCCAGUCGAGCACAUCCCACCGCACGCCUGGAAGAAGGAGCCUUUUCCCGAGUGGGCGACCAAGUGGAUACGGCGCGUGCCCCUGAUCGUUGCGCUGGUCAUCUUCGUGCCCAUCGGCAUUGUGGCCUUCCUCAUCAACAGCGUCAUUCAGACGGUGCGGAGCUCCAAGCGCAUUGCCCUGCAUGAGAAAGGCCUGGCGGGCAUCAACAUUGCCGAUUAUCGGCCGCCGACUCUCAUGAUCAACGAACUCCGGGAGGCCGUUGAGGAUGUAUACGAGGGUCUGAACAGCUUUCAGCAGAAUGAGUACCUCGGCCUGACGGACGACGACGACGAUGACGAGGAGGGCGAGGGCGAAAAGAUCCACAACAAUAUGGCGGCCAGGCGGGCGAGCGAUGCGAACAUCCUGCGGCUGGAGCGCAGACAGAGCCAGCCGGGCCAGCCGACGCUGGCCCUCGCACCCUGCCAGUUCGAGAUGAUCUCGGCCCUCGACAGCCUCGGCUGGCGCAAAUACCCCGUCUGGAUCCAUCGCAACCGCCACAGCCAUGCUGCCAUUAUCGUGCGCAUCGACAAGGAAUCACAUAGCGAAGGACAUGUGGUGUUGAGGCACUGGCUGACUGAGGAAUUUUUGGUUUAGAUGUAUGCAUUCAUGUACAUGCACUUGUAUAUAUAGAUAGAUGCCUCCUUUUUUUCCAGGGAUUGCAUCUCUGGUGCCUUGCUUGGGACACGUCACACGUCUAGUGUGUGCGACCUGGACAGAUGAUGCUUGUAGUUAUAAUUUUAGAGUACCAUUAACGAGCAUUGAUACACGGG